UUACGUCUGGACGCUGGGUCGCCUCGGGAGGCUCAGUAUCGCCGCCCAGAAGGAAGGAGGGCGGUUGUGCUAGGAUAUGCUAUGGUGCUGAAUUCCCGGGCAGAGCCGACCCAGACGCGUCAGUCGCGGCCAUGAAGGCGGGUGCCACGUCUAUGUGGGCUUCGUGCUGUGGGCUGCUGAAUGAAGUCAUGGGGACUGGAGCUGUCAGGGGCCAGCAGUCAGGAUUUGCAGGAGGCACUGGUCCAUUCAGAUUUACACCGAACUCUGAUUUUUCCACUUACCCACCAGCACCUACAGAAGGGCCUAAUAUAGUUUGCAAAGCCUGUGGACUUUCAUUUUCAGUCUUUAGAAAGAAGCAUGUAUGUUGUGACUGCAAGAAAGAUUUUUGCUCCGUUUGUUCGAUCUUACAAGAAAAUCUCCGUAGAUGUUCCACUUGUCACUUAUUACAAGAGACAGCUUUUCAGCGCCCUCAGUUAAUGCGACUGAAAGUGAAGGAUCUGCGGCAGUAUCUCAUUCUUAGAAACAUACCGAUCGAUACCUGUCGAGAGAAAGAAGACUUGGUAGAGCUGGUACUGUGUCACCGUGGGCUGGGCUCUGAGGACAGCCUGGACACAAGCAGUCUGAAUUCCUCAAGGUCCCAGACUUCGGGCUUUUUUACACAUUCAUUUUUUUCAAACUAUACAGCCCCAUCUGCUACUGUGUCUUCCUUUCAGGGAGAGCUUAUGGGUGGAAACCGGACCUUAGGAUCUGGAGUACUGGCACAGGUGCGAAGUGAAGUAGCUUCAGCAAACACAGAAGACGAUGAAGAUGAUGAUGACGCCGAUGACGCCGACGAGGAAGGAGGGAACCUGGAGGAGCAGACAUCCGGCCUCGCUGAGAAGAGAGUGAGAGCGUCUCUGUCCGACCUGUCAAGCCUUGAAGACGUGGGAGGGAUGAGCGUGCGCCAGCUCAAGGAAAUCCUGGCUCGGAAUUUUGUCAACUAUUCUGGCUGUUGUGAAAAAUGGGAGCUAGUAGAGAAAGUAAACCGGUUAUACAAAGAGAAUGAAGAAAAUCAAAAGUCAUAUGGUGAGCGGCUGCAACUGCAGGACGAGGAGGACGACAGCCUGUGCCGGAUCUGCAUGGACGCCAUCAUCGACUGCGUCCUGCUCGAGUGCGGGCACAUGGUCACCUGCACCAAGUGCGGCAAGCGCAUGAGCGAGUGUCCCAUCUGCCGGCAGUACGUGGUGCGCGCCGUGCAUGUGUUCAAGUCCUGAAGCCGAGGACCCCCCCAGGCUCGAUCCCAGACGUUUCAGUGCACGGAAGGGACUGGAAACUUCCUGUGCAAAAUUUGAAGCUAUUUUUUAAAAUUAUUUUCACGACUAACUGGGGACGGGAAAGAUUCCUCCUAAGUUGCAGCAACACUGGUCCAUGCCGUAUGCCUGUCAGCUGGAGGACUGGCUCCGUUUCCCAGUCUCUGCUGGGCUUCUUCACACAUCUCUGAUUACUAAUCGCUGAAGUCAGACCGCUUAUGGCAUCAGCUACUGUUCUCUUUGGAGGACAUUUAUCCUGUUCUCUUAUUUCUCCUUCAUCCUAUUUUUAACUUAAACUACUCAGAUGUUUGAAACUUCUGCUCUCUUUGGAUGAGGUCACUGUCUGCAAAUGGCCGACAUGGUACACGCUGAACAGGGGCACCUCUGAAUGUUCAUUUUAUUAGUCAUGUAUAUUUUAAAUGCUACUAUUUGAUGAA